CAGUUGCGUUCUCGCAAUGCUGCAUUACAUCUCUCCUCUUGUGUUGGCAACCGGCAUAUAAACCUGUUUCUCUCUCUUCUCUCCUUCAGGUUUCCCUAACCAAACCAGCCUCUGUGGGCAUAUCCAGCUGCAUCAACUAUCAAUCAUCACCACCACCACCAUCAUCAUCAUCCACCUUGUCACGAACCCCUUGUGUACAUCGUUCCUUGCCAUAUACUGCCGCCAUGCGCGUCUCGCAGCUCGCCCUCGCCAUAGCGAGCGCCCUCGGGGCCGUCGCUCUAUACACCCCAAAGACGGGCCCUGACGUUGUUUCCGGGAAGCCCCCUGCCGACAACUCCAAGCCAAACGGCAACGAGGCCAUGAGGCUGGGGUCCCGUGGCGUUGGUGCGGGCGCGCUUGAUCCCGCCCGUCAGAGCCUCAACGGCCUUGAGCGCCGGAGAGUAACAUCGUGCCGCAGAAUCGGCUGUUACAGAUAUCUAGGAGCCACUGGUUUUCGACACGGGACAGAACACAGCGGCGGUGAUGGUGGCGAUUCCCGCGGUCACGUUGACACGGCUACAACGACGACGUCAACAACAACAGAGUCCCCCCACCAUACUAGGCGGCACGAUGCUGGUGCGGGCGCCGUCGAUCUCGCCCAUGCGAGCCUCAACCAACUCGAGCGCCGGAGGGGAGGUGGCGGCCGUGGAGGCGGCGGCUUCGGCGGUGCUUUCGGCGCCGCCGGCCGUGGAUUCGCACGGGCGGGUGGUUCUCGGCGUGGUGGUGGCGGGGCAGGGCAUACCAGCAACAGGGGCCAUACGGGGGGAGAAACGAAGAAGCAGGCACAGCACAAGAGCGGCAACAAGCAAGAGCAGCACAAGGACAAGGCGCAGAACAAGCAGGCACAUCAUGACGAGGGCGGCAACAAGCAGGAACAGCACAAGGGUGGCAACAAGAAAGACCAGAACAAGAACAAGAACCAGAAGAAGCAGAAGCAAAAGGACAAGAAGAAGCAGAACGAGAAGCGCAGGAAGCCCCAGUGCAAGGGCCGCCACGCGAAGCAGUGCCUCAAGGGCGGCACCUGCUCCGACGACGGCGUCUUUUCCAACAUCCAAUUUAGUGUCGAUACGUGCAAGGACUGCUUCUGCCCCGGGGCUGACGGCAACAACAUGAACACCAACAGCAACAAUCAGAACCAGAACCAGAACCACGAUCAACACCAAAACCAACACCAGCACCAGCAAGACGCCGCUCGCGGUGCCAUGGCCGGGCACCACGCCGCCAAUGCCCAGGACAAUGCUCAUAACGCUGCUACCGGGCACGACACCGGCCACGGCUCCAACCACGCUCACGACUCCGGCCACGGCUCCAACAACGCACACCAAGACGCCGGCCACGACAACCCUCCCAAAGACCACGAGCACCACGACGCGGGCCACAACCACGCCGACAAGAAGGACGCGCCGCCGGGCCACAAGAGCCCCGAAGAAGUCGAAGUCGAUGAAGAGUAGGGAGGACAGAGAACCCGCGUUUUUCUUUCUUUGGGAUUGUCCCCCCACUUGCCCCCUUCCCCCUUUUUUAUCUUUUUGGCUUUCUCCUG